AUGGCCCUUUAUUCAUUCUCUUUCACAACAUUUCUUACUUUAGUUUUAAUAAUUGUUCUUUUCAAUAGUGGUCACUCUAGAUUUUUACCCCCAGCCACUAUACAGGGAAAUCCCCAUGGCACGAAUCCCGAAGCACCACCGCUGAAACAAAGGAGAGAGAGCCAUGGCACGAAUCCUGAAGCACCACCGCUGAAACAAAGGAGAGAGAGCCAUAGCAUGAAUCCCGAAACACCACCGCUAAAACAAAGGAAAGAGAGUCACGGCACGAAUCCUGAAGCACCACCGCUAAAACAAAGGAAAGAGAACCAUGGUACAAACCCUGAAGCACCACCAGCAAAACAAAGGAAAGAAAGCCACGGUACGAAUCCUGAAGCACCACCGCUAAAACAAAGGAAAGAAAACCACGACACGAAUCCUGAAGCACCGCCAGCAAAACAAAGGAAAAAGAGUCGUGGCACGAAUCCUGAAGCACCGCCGCUAAGACAAGAUGGUCAUUCUAGAUUUUUAGUCCCCAUUGAAGAUCAUGAAACCCCAGUCAAUGUAGAGGGAAAUAGUUACGGCACGAACCCUGAAGCACCACCACAGAAACAAAGGAAAGAGAGAAACGGCUACGGCACGAAUCCUGAAGUACCGCCACUAAAACAAAGGAAAGAGAGAAGCGGUUACGGCUCGAACCCUGAAGCACCACCACAGAAACAAAGGAAAGAGAGAAACGGCUAUGGCACGAACCCUGAAGCACCACCACUAAAACAAAGGAAAGGGGAAAACGGCUAUGGCACGAACCUUGAAGCACCACCACUGAAACUAUAG